AUGGAAGCUAAACAGCACGAAGACAGUGUAAUUGCAAGACUGAUGGGUUUUGAUGAGGUGCCACCUCAGCAGACCAUCCAUAAAAGACAAAGAGUGCUCUCGGAGAAUUAUCUUCGCAGAAGUGCUUCCAUAGGAUUACGAGAGGGAAGCUCAUUCCAUCUUGUUAAGGAUGUUUUUGUUGCGCAUAUAUCAAAGAAGGAUGAACAUAAUAUAUUGCCAGUUCUUGAUAAAGAGGCAAGUUACAGUGCAAGCAAGAUACAAAUGGGUAUGGGGAGGAAGAAAAAUGCUAGUGCCACAAUUUUAAAAUCAAUCCCUGGACACAGCUACAAUUACGAAGGAAUAUUCAACAAGAAAUGCAAGCAGCAUGCUCGAGGAAAUGUUUUGAGAUCUCACCAGAAACUUGAGAAAGAUUCUCUUACAGGUCACUUCGAAGAGCCUGUUUUUGAUCCCAUAAACAAAUUAAAAUCUCCGCUGGAGAGGGUUGAUCGAUCUCAUCUUUUCUCAACAAGUAUUGUUAUGUUGAAUCCAAAUUCCAAGAUAGAGAAAAGAAAAUCUAUACAUAUAAUGUCCGAUCUACUUCCUAGAUCAGGAGAUAGAGAUCGUGAUGAGUCCUUAGAAACAGAAAAUGGAGAACUCCUCAAAGAGUUUACGUAUAUGGAUCAAGCAGUAAAUGACACGGACUCUUCUACACAUAGUUCUAGUGAUUGUAAGGAAACUAAGAGCAGAAAUUCCCUACAAGGAAGCAGUUGUGGGGAGGCAUCAAGACCACAAUUUUCAGGUGAGAACUACCUCAUGGAUGAGGGGGAGUCUUUGGUGGCUUCUUGUCCUGGUUUGUUUAACUGUGAAGAUCAAAAACAUGCUCUGUAUCCUUCUUCGAAUGGAUCACUUUUGACCAGGGAAGUCUAUAAGCAAAUGUUUGAAUGGUGGAAGAGGACCAAAAAGGUGCAAGCAGUUGAGUCUGCUGGGAGGGCACAAAAUCUCGGUGAAAUGCUUGCUAUGGCUGAUUGGGAAUUGACACUCGGAAAUACGAACCUAGAACUUGAUAGUCUACAGGGUAAGAACUCAGGCUCUGCUUCAGGUAUUAGCAGUAAAGACGGUUGGAAGAAUCAGGAUAUCAUAUGCUCGCCAACUUCAAAAGUUGAAGUCUUAUGUGAAACCUUUUUAAAGUGCUGGCAUUCGAGGCAAGAAGAAGCAGCUUCAUUGAAAGAUAACAAGUUGAGGAAGCAAAAGAUUUCCUUUAAAGAUGUUUUGGAUCAUAGAGGCUCAAGUGGUGGAGAGAAAUUCACGUCUUGUCCAGAUGCUUUAAAGAAUAAAUGCACCAUAUUACGAAGUCCUGCUAGUUUUCAGUCGUCUAGGUGCAGUGCUUCCUGGUUAGAUUCAGAAAAUAAUAACCCUGCAGCCCAUGAGAAAUUUACAUUGAUAAAUCAGGAUGAAUGGGCAAAUAGACCAAAGAUGAAUGAUGGGUCUAGAGAUAAUGAGCCGGAUUCCAGAGUUUCAAACUCAACCAUCAGUAAUCUUGCCUCUCAAAGUACAGUUGAUAUAUUGGUCAAUGCAGAGCCAGAGAACAUAGAGAUUUCUAGUGUUCAUAAGCUACAGAAAUCUGAACCAAAUCCUGGCAUAUUUUCCAUCAAAGAUAGACAUUCUUCUUCUCCUGUCAUGGAAACAUUCACUGGUCAGUUUUGCUCACAUUCUUCUUCUCAUGAUUGGGAAGCAUUGAAUGGACAGGUAUCAUCAACAUCAAAUGAAAUUUCCAAAGAAGCAGCGGCUUCUUCAAAUUGUUUAAGAAUAGGUCUUCCAGAGUUGUACAGCAAUUUGAAAGGGACCAAUCAGUGUAGUCCUCAUUCAAUUUUGGAACCAUUUGAAGAAGAGAAUUCCUUGACCUCUGAAUACUUUGGGAGUGUGACUACUGAUUUCCACAGUCAACAAUUGCAACUUCAACCUUUAAAAUCCGAAUCAGAGGAAACUUACUCAGAGGAAUCUGGAAUUGGUGUGAUUAGUGAUUCGGAUACUGAGAAAAGAUCCCAUGAUCCCUCUGAAAAUGGUGGGAAGCUACUGAGGUUAUUUGGAGAUGAUGAAAGUAGAGAGUUUUCUUAUCUAGUUGACGUUUUAGACGAGGCUCGAUUUCAAGGUUUGAAUUUAGACAUGGAUUUUGAAACAUGGCAUUCUCUAGAAUGCCCAGUGAGCCCCUUGGUAUUUGAGGCAUUAGAGAAAAAAUAUGGCAAGCAGACAUCUUGGCAGAAGUCUCAUAGACAACUUCUGUUCAACCGUAUAAAUUCUGGGUUGAGGAAAAUCUUUAAUCCAUACAUACAUUUUCACAUGUCAACACCCUUUAGAAGAAGGUUUAGUUCCAAAUUGAGGAGGGACGAUGUUGAGGAAGAGUUAUGGAUGUUUCUAAUUAGCCAGGAAAAGGAAGAAAGCAAAGGCUUGUAUGAGAGGACCCUGGAAAAUGAAAUGAAAUGGUUGGACUUGUACGAAGAUAUUGAUAUCAUCUGUCAAGAAUUGGAGACUCAUUUGUUUGGUGACCUAGUGCUAGAGUUGGUGCAGUUUGGAAUUGUUGAAUGA